ACAAAAUAGAUCAAUUCAAAUUAUACAAUUUAUUUUCCAUUUCAACAUGAAUCAUAUUCAGAAUCGCUGUAUCUACAUAAAUAUGGUAUAUCGGAAUAUAAUAUUAAUUUUACAUGCUAGAAAUGAUACGUUUAGAAAUCACAUUUUAUGUAUUAGAAAUUUGAUUUAGAAUAGAGCAGGUGCUGUACAUCUGCCGUAGCAACCAGUGUUUUUCCUUAGUUUAAAAGCAUUUUUACCGAUAUUACAGACAGUUUGAUGCAUGGUAAGUUUGCAGUUAUACAAUUGUCAGAGGAAGGUAACGUUAAGUGAAAUUGUAAAUAAUGUUAGAAACGCGUUCGGCCGUUUAUAAAAUGAUAGAGGUGGCGCGUGAAGAGAGACAGAUUAAUAACUGGCCACCACCAUUUUCCUCAGAAAUUACAUUAUACAAGGAAAGAAAUUUUCAUACAGUUGUUAGACGUUCGUGCAUGAGGAAAUGUUUAACAUUAAAGAUUUCCAAGGCAAUUGUAAUUGGAGAUGUUUCCGUUGGAAAAUCAUGUUUAAUAAAUAGAUUUUGUCACAAAAUAUUUGAUAACAAUUAUAAAGCAACAAUUGGCGUGGAUUUCGAGGUAGAAAGAUUUGAUAUUCUUGGUAUACCAUUUCACUUACAAAUAUGGGACACAGCUGGUCAAGAAAGAUUUAAAUCCAUAGCUGCAUCUUACUACAGAGGCGCAAACGUGAUUAUGAUCGUGUUUGACUUGGCUAACUUGGUAUCUUUGGGACACUGUCAACAAUGGUUCAAUGAAGCUACUCAAUGCAAUACAGAACCGUAUUAUGUAUUUUUGAUAGGCACGAAACGAGAUUUAUUGUCGAAUCAAGUAUACGAAAUAAUUGAAAAACGAGCAGCAGAAAUGGCGCGAAAAUUAAAUGCUGAAUUCUGGGCGGUUUCCGCAAGAACAGGAGAUGGAGUAUCAGAAUUAUUCGCAAGAGCAGCUGUAUUGUCCUUUCAAAGUAUGGUUUUAAAUGAAUGUGAAAGUAUGAAACCGGAAUCAAUUAACAUUGGUUCAGAUCUAAUAACAUUAAAUCCUGAUAAAGAAAGAACUAAAAGAAAGAGCAGGAGAAAUAGAUGCUUCGAUUGCACGAAUUUAGUGAUUGAAUAUUAAGCAAGCAGAAAUUUUAAUUUUGGCUCCA